AUGACAGCCUACUACUCCCAAUGCAUUCCGGGCACGGCAUCCAGUACUACUGCUGCAGGCGGAACAACUACUACCAAAUCCAGCGCCCCAACCUCAACGGGAACGGGAAAAUUGCCAACUAGCUUCAAAUGGUCCUCGAGCGACGCCUUAAUUUCACCAAAGGUCGACUCACACAAUGUUCUCGCCAUAAAGGAUCCCUCUAUCGUUAACUACAACGGCGUCUAUCACGUCUUCGCCAGUAUAGUUACCUCGGGAGGCUACAGCAUUGUCUACCUCAACUUUACCGACUUCUCGCAAGCACACAAUGCAAACCAAUUCUACCUCCAAAACUCUGCCAUCGGAUCUGGAUACCGUGCUGCACCACAGAUUUUCUUCUUUGCUCCGCAAAACUUGUGGUACCUCGUCUUCCAGGACGGCAACGUCGGAUAUUCUACCAACCCCAAUAUCAGUAACCCAGCUGGAUGGAGUGCCGUUCAAAACUUCUACAGCAGCACCCCGUCCAUCAUAUCAAGCAACAUCGGCAGCGGAAACUGGGUAGACAUGUGGGUCAUUUGCGAUAGUGCCAACUGCCACCUCUUCUCUUCAGACGAUAACGGCCACCUCUACCGCGCCGAAACCUCCCUCUCUAACUUCCCCCACGGAUUCGGCCAACCCGUCAUCGCAAUGAGCAGCCCUAGCAACAUCUAUGCCUUGUUCGAGGCCUCGAACGUGUACAACUACGGCAGUGGAUACCUUCUCAUCGUCGAGGCGAUCGGCAGCGACGGACACAGAUACUUCCGCUCAUGGACCUCCAGCAGCCUUACGGGUACAUGGGCCGAACUCGCCGACACCGAAUCCAACCCCUUCGCGCGUUCCACCAACGUCGUUUUCCCAGAGAACCCGGGCUGGACGCAGGACAUCAGUCACGGAGAGAUGAUUCGUUCUGGCCACGACCAGACGUUGACCAUCGACCCAUGCAACUUGAAGUACCUCUACCAAGGAGACGCACCUGGAAGCUACAGUGAUUAUAACUCGAUCCCGUGGCGUUUGGCAUUGCUCACACAGACCAACUCUGCAUGCUGA